CAGUUUUAUAUAGGUGACAUGUUUAGUCGGUAACUUCCUUUUUGCCUUUCAGUUUAUUUCCUCAGAAUGGGUAUUUCCAGGGAUCACUGGCAUAAAAGGCGUGCCACAGGAGGCAAGAGGAAGCCUCUCCGUAAGAAGAGGAAGUUCGAGUUGGGCCGCCCCGCCGCCAACACAAAACUUGGACCCCGCAGGAUCCACUAUGUCCGUACCCGUGGUGGAAACUUGAAAUACAGAGCUCUAAGGUUGGACCAAGGCAACUUCGCCUGGGGUAGCGAGGGUACCGCUCGUAAAACUCGUAUCAUCGACGUUGUUUACAAUGCCAGUAACAAUGAGUUGGUACGUACCAAGACUUUGGUAAAGAACGCCAUCGUCGUAGUGGACGCCACACCAUUCAGGCAAUGGUAUGAAAGCCACUAUGUUUUACCUUUGGGACGCAAGAAGGGAGCCAAAUUGACUGCCGAAGAAGAAGCUAUUAUUAACAAGAAACGUAGCAAGAAGGUGCAAAAGAAGUACGAGACCAGGCAGAAGACUUCCAAAGUUGAACCUGCCAUUGAAGAACAAUUCCAGAUGGGCAGACUUUUGGCUUGUUUGGCCUCCAGACCUGGACAAUGUGGUAGAGCUGAUGGUUAUAUUUUAGAAGGCAAAGAACUUGAAUUCUACAUGCGUAAAAUUAAGUCUAAGAAAGCCAAGUAAAUGUUAAUUAAGUGUUAACAAUAAACGUUAACAAGUGAUA